UGUGAAAUAGUCUAGCUGUUGGACGUCAUACACUUUCUCCUUGACGUGUACGUAUUAUAAUUGGUCCACUACAUACACACACACACAUAUUCUUUCCGGCACUCCGCCCUAUGACAAAUAACCUGUACUAGCAAUUAUUACACAGUGAUAAAUUGCGUUUUAUUACGUAUAUAAUUUGUUAAUUUAUUUAUUAAUUGUAAAGAUAUUGUAUUUUAUAAAACAAAAAUCAUGACAUUUGUAUCGCCAAUGCCGAGUAGAGAGUUUUUGUGGGAUGUCUUUCAAAGAGUUGAUAAAGAUCGUUCUGGUGCAAUCUCAGCUGACGAACUUCAGCAAGCACUUUCCAAUGGUACCUGGACUCCAUUCAAUCCAGAAACAGUUCGUUUGAUGAUUGGUAUGUUUGAUACUGACAAAACUGAUCCCGAUCCUUCAGGUAUGUUUGACAAGAACCAGAGUGGUACUGUAAGCUUUGAAGAAUUUGGAGCACUAUGGAAGUAUGUAACUGACUGGCAGAAUUGCUUCCGUUCUUUUGAUUCUGACAACAGUGGAAAUAUUGAUAAACAUGAAUUAAAAACAGCUCUGACUAACUUUGGAUACCGAUUAUCAGAUAAUAUUGUUGAGAUGCUGGUGCGAAAAUAUGAUAGACUUGGACAAGGAACUAUUUAUUUUGAUGAUUUUAUUCAAUGCUGUAUUGUGCUAUAUACUCUGACGUCAGCCUUCCGAAAAUAUGAUACUGAUCAAGAUGGUAUUAUUACAAUUCAUUAUGAACAAUUUCUCAGCAUGGUAUUCAGCUUGAAGAUUUAAAUAUGACGUAUUUUUGAAUAUUCAAAAAUGAAAAAUGAUUUGACCUUAAAAUCAAAACUAAGGUAAUACGAAAGUAUGUAAUAAUUAUCGAAAUUGUGUCAAAUAUACGUACAUUUAUAUGCGAUAUUGAUGAAUAAUAUACGUCAAUGUUACAUUCCUUCUUAUGACAGAUAUUUUUAAUUCAAUCAAAAAGGAAAUUACACAUUGUAGAAUAAUCAAUACAGUUGUUGGCCAGACCAUCCUGAAUUGAUCAUGAAUACAAUAGAAUGAGUGCCAAUUGUGUGAUUGUGACACGACAACAAUUAUGUUGCUUACUGGAAUAUGUUCAUUGCUAAAUUGAUAAAUAUUUUGUAGAAGCUAUGUAAAAUUCAACUGACUUGCCUUCUUUUCCGAUUUAUGUUUACAAAACUGUUAAAAUUUAAAAUUUACUUCAAAUCAUUCAUAUGUCAUAUAGAAAAUACUGUUAUUUAUUCUUUGUUAAAUUUCAAUUGCACAGUUUGAUAAAGAAUACAAAGCUUGAUAAAACGUUCUAUAAAAAUUAUAUUUGUUACAACUUGUACUACUGUAUUAUUAUUAAAAGAAAUA